AAGGCUCCAAUACGUAAACAUCACGCGGAUCAUAAUUUGACCGUGUACAUUUCUGCACUCGCGCUUUUAAACACUUUUAUAUUAUUUUCACACCGUAACUAUGAAAUGCUGCGACUUUAUUUGUCUCCCUGUUUGAAGAACGGGUAAAACACACGCAAAACUGGAGUGUUAUUCGGCUCUGCGCAGUCGUUCAUCAGUCAGCUGACUGCGCGUGUGAUUUUUAACAUGAACCGGGAAGUUCUGGGCCGUUGCAAGUGCUAAGACUUUUAAAUCCUAAUUAUUGUACAAGUAAAGUCUCGGGACUCGCUAUAAACGUUAUCAUGAUAUCGCGUGGUUAGCAUUAGUAUCAGACAUGAACCAUGUGGAACAAGUCUGGACCUGUGUAUAUGUUUGGCUGCGUUUUGAUAUCAUUUCCUGCAGUGUUUCUGUGCAUGGUCAGCUCUCUCAGUGUGGGAGUGUAUGAGUUAGUUCUGGACGGAACAUGGCACUUACACAACUCUAAUGGAUCCCUGUCACUCAAGGCACAAGUACCCGGAUGUGUCCAUACAACACUGCAGCAACAGCAUCUUAUUGAGGAUCCAUACUAUCGGUUUAAUGACCUGGUCUACAGAUGGAUCUCUCUAGAUAACUGGACAUACACCACUUCGUUCUCUGUCCCUGACCAUGUGAAAGAGAGUAGGAGAGCUGUUCUCAUAUUUGAAGGUGUGGACACAAUCUCCACUAUAUCUCUAAAUGGAGACGUCAUCGGAAAGACAGACAACAUGUUCCAGAGAUAUGACUUUGAGGUUGCUGGACUACUUAAGGAUGUUAAUGUUCUGGAAGUGCGGCUCAUGUCAGCCGUGACCUACGCAGCAGAAAGAAGUAAAGCUCACACUUCAUACAAAGUCCCCCCGGAAUGUCCUCCUGCUGUACAGAAAGGAGAAUGUCAUGUAAACUUUAUUCGGAAGGCACAGAGCUCAUUUAGUUGGGAUUGGGGGCCAUCUUUCCCCACUCUUGGCAUCUGGAAGGGUGUUCGUCUCCAGUCAUUUGAUACCCUUAGACUGUUGAGCUUUAUCACCAUUCCAAAAUAUGACUCUGUCCUAUCAUGCUGGACUGUGGAAGUAGAGUUGUUCUUUGAUGCUACAGAAGCGUCAGUGGGAGUCGUCCAUGUGUCUAUGCCACAGUUAAAGUCGGAGGAGAAAUUUUCUUUUUCUCUCACACCUGAACAAAGCAACAUAUCUGUACUGCUUCACAUCAACAAGAAUGUUACAGUUGAUCUGUGGUGGCCCUUUGGACAUGGACAACAAGCUCUAAAGGAUCUUUUCAUAGAUAUCAGUAUGGAGGGUGGAGAGAAAUUUCACGCACAGAGACUGGUUGGUUUCCGUACUGUGGAGUUGAUACAGGAACCUAUUCCUGCUUCUCCUGGCCUCAGCUUCUACUUCCGUAUCAAUGGGCAACCGAUUUUCCUGAAGGGCUCAAACUGGAUCCCGGCUCACGCCUUCCAGGACCAGAUUACUGCAGUCAAUUUGACUCAACUGCUCGUCUCUGCACAGAUGGCAAACAUGAAUGUUUUGAGAGUGUGGGGAGGUGGAAUCUAUGAACAAGAUCUCUUCUAUGUUCUAUGCGAUCAGCUAGGCAUCAUGGUUUGGCAAGACUUCAUGUUUGCAUGCGCACUAUAUCCUACAGACCAAGAUUUCAUUGAGUCGCUGCGAGAGGAGGUCGUUCAGCAGGUAAGACGGCUCAAGUCCCACCCCUCUGUGGUCAUCUGGAGUGGAAACAAUGAGAAUGAGGCAGCUAUAGCAACCAAUUGGUUUUUUAUUCCUCCCGCUGAGAAGCUGCUCUAUGUCAAGGACUACGUUAAAUUAUAUGUGGAGAAUAUCAGAAAGAUCGUACUGCAGGAGGACAGCACAAGACCUUUUCUGGUGUCUAGCCCAACCAAUGGUGUGGAGUCUGAGAAAGAAGGCUGGGUAGCCCAGAACCCAUACGACACUCAUUAUGGAGAUGUCCACUUCUAUAGCUACCUCACUGACUGUUGGGACUGGAGGAAAUUUCCCCGCGCACGCUUUGCCUCGGAGUACGGCUUUCAGUCCUGGCCCUCACUGUCCACCCUCAGUAAGGUGUCAGUUGCUACAGACUGGGAUUACAACAGCGAGUUCUCACAACAUCGACAGCAUCAUGAGUCUGGAAAUCUGCAGAUGCUUCAGCAAGCAUCAUUACAUUACAUCCUUCCUAACAGCACAGACCUAAGGCAAAGAUACCGAGACACUAUAUAUCUCACCCAGGUCAUGCAGGCCCAGUGUGUAAAAGUGCAGACAGAAUUCUACCGGCACAGUCAGAGUGAUAUUGUUGAGGGUGAAGGACACACCAUGGGUACCCUCUACUGGCAGCUGAAUGAUAUUUGGCAGGCACCCUCCUGGUCCUCUAUAGAGUUUGGUGGAAAAUGGAAAAUGUUGCACUAUUUUGCCGUCCGUUUCUUCAGUCCUCUCAUAUCAGUGGGGGUUGAGGAUAAAGGAGAUUUGCUGAUCUAUGCUGUCUCUGAUAGGAGCACAAAUUACACUCUGAAAGCUACUGUGAAAUUGUACCAGUGGAACAGUUUUACUCCGCAGUGUUCUCUGCAGUCUGAUCAGGCAAUGGUGAAAGGAGGUGGGGUCACAAAAGUGUUUCAGUCUCCGAUCUCCACGGUGCUAAAGAACUGUGGAAAUUGUACUCUGAAAUCAUGCAUCAUCACAUUUGUCCUCAGUGGCCCAGAUGGUAUAACAAGUCCCUCCAACCACCUGUUCCUCAGCUCACCAAAAGAUGCUGAGGGCCUUCAAAAACCCAACAUCACGUUCACUGCGGACGAUACUGGGAAGAGGAUCAUGGUGAAUCUCUAUUGCUCGUCACCUGCGCUGUUUGUAUGGCUGGAUGUGGACGACAUUCCUGGCGUCUUUGAUGCAAAUGGUUUCUUGAUGAUAUCUGAGAAAUACACUGUUUAUUUCACAAAAUGGGGAGCCACAACUGUUCAGGAGUUCACUACCAAGCUUCGCAUUACCUCCCUACGAGACAUCUACUGAGUGUGUGUUGUGUUGGUGUGAUUUAGAGGACACUUAUGCAGUGUGUGUGGGUUUCCUCCGGGUCCUUUGGUUUCUUCCGACCUCCAAAAAUAUGCCACUAAAAAAUACCUCUAGGUGUGAAUGUGUGUGUGUGCAUAGUGGCGUAUGAAAUACUGCCAUCUCAUUAGUAGUGUAAUGUUGUCUUGCACUUGCACCUUGACUGUUUCUGGGACAGGCUCCAGAUCCACUGAUAAUAAAUAAAUGAUUCUAAACAAAAA